CCCUCUUUGCUCAGAGUGCUCUAGCUGUGUGUCUCUUGGACGGACAACUGAGUGAACUGACUACCUCUAGUGCCCUACUACUCCGCUGGAACUGUUGAUACACACAUGGGGUUCUCAUCGUUUAUGCAUUGAGCUCAAGUGUGUGGGUGAAGUUGUGAAGGGCCAGUUUGUUUCUGUCAUUGGUCUCCUGUUCAUCUGCCUUCACUUCAGUUUCCCUCAUUGACUUCAAACUUGACACAGACACAGAUUCGUUCGCUCGUUUGUCCGUUCCAAAAUGGACCUGAAGGGGAACCAAAAAGUGACGGUGGUUUUGGGGGCUCAAUGGGGCGAUGAAGGCAAGGGAAAAUUGGUCGACCUUCUGGCUGGAAAGGCCGAUGUGGUGGCCAGAUGCCAGGGUGGAAAUAAUGCUGGACACACGGUGGUGGCCGAAGGCAAGUUUUAUGAUUUCCAUCUUCUUCCAUCAGGGAUCGUGUGGCCCAAUUGUAUUGCUCUCAUUGGAAACGGCGUGGUGGUCCAUGUUCCCGGUCUGUUCGAGGAGAUCCAAAAGAAUGAAGCCAAAGGAUUAAGUGGUUGGAAAGAUCGUCUGAAGAUCUCUGGGCGAGCUCAUCUGGUGUUCGACUUCCACCAGGAAGUGGACUGUCUUCAAGAGACUCAACGGCAAGAUCAAACGAGUAAAUUGGGGACCACCAAAAAGGGCAUCGGACCAGCUUACGCCUCAAAGGCCACUCGCAAUGGCUUGCGAGUCUCGGAUUUGGUCGGCGAUUUCGAGGCUUUUGCUCAAAGAUUUCGCAAUUUGGCCAAUAACCACAUCGCUCACUUCAAUUCGCUGACGGUGAAUAUCGACGAGGAACUGGAACGCUACAAGAAGUACGCUGACGAGAUUCGUCCAAUGGUUCUCGAAUCCAUUGCCUUCCUCCAUCAAUCUUUGAAGGAAGAAAAAAGCGUCCUGGUUGAGGUGGCCAAUGCGGCAAUGCUUGACAUCGAUUUUGGUACCUACCCGUACGUGACUUCCUCGAAUUGUAGUAUCGGUAGCGUGUGCACUGGUUUGGGACUACCUCCCAAGAACGUAGGUAACGUGUAUGGAGUGGUCAAGGCUUACACUACCCGAGUUGGAGGUGGACCUUUCCUGACGGAGCAAUGCAAUGAGAUCGGCGAAUUUCUCCAAAGACACGGACACGAGGUUGGCGUGACAACGGGACGGAACCGUCGAUGUGGCUGGUUGGACAUUCCUUUGCUUCGAUUCACGUCCAUGGUGAAUGGCUACACGGCCAUUGCAUUAACCAAGCUUGAUAUUUUGGAUCUGAUGGAUGAGAUUAAGAUGGGAGUGGGCUAUGUCAAGGAUGGACAGAAAUUGGACUACUUCCCUGGCUCAAAUCAAGAUUUUGAAGGGGUGUCUGUGGAAUACGAAACCUUUCCCGGUUGGAAAUCAUCGAUAGCCUCUUGUAAGGACUUUGCUGAACUUCCUGAGAAAGCCAAGACGUACGUGCUGAGAAUCGAGGAACUCUUGGGAGUCCCAGUUCGUUGGAUCGGUGUUGGUCAAGCUCGAGAUGCCGUGAUUGAGCGGGUUCUCUAAGAGCUCCCAGCGAUCCUGAGCCUUUACCCGAAAUGAGAUAGGACAGCAUGGCGAGUUCGAGACUGAGAAGUGAGGAUAUAUGCGCCCUCGCCUUUGUCAACGAAUGCGCUUCUACCUAGAAUCGAACCUGAACACCAAUUUUGAAUCUCUUUUUAAGCUUGUCACGUCCCUUGAAUAAAAGAUCUCUAAUCAUCCA